AUGACCGUCUUUCGUCCAUGUAUAGAUCUCCACGAUGGUCAGGUCAAGCAGAUCGUCGGCGGUUCAUUAGACUUGAAUCGUCCUGAUCAACUUCAAACCAAUUUUUCUUCGUCUCAGCCGGUAGAAUAUUACACCGAACUUUAUCGAACCAAUAAUCUCACCGGAACUCAUUUGAUCAAGCUCGGACCUUCGAAUGAUGAAGCCGCCCUAAGAGCAUUGGAUUCUUGGAGAGGUCACAUACAACUUGGAGGAGGAGUGGAUCUUUCAAAUGCUGAAAAAUGGAUUGAUGCUGGGGCGGAGAAGAUCAUUGUCACCUCAUUUUUAUUUCCCGGUUGUAAGUUUUCAGAGGAUCGACUCCGACAAUUGAACGAACUAGUAGGAAAAAACAAGCUUGUGAUUGAUCUCAGUUGCAAAAAAAGGAAUUCGACUUGGUUUGUUGCCUCAAACCAAUGGAGGGACCUGACCGAUACCGAAGUCAACGAAGAUCUAAGCGAAUCUUGUUCAGAAUUUUUGAUCCACGCUGCUGAUCACGAAGGGCUUUGCAAAGGGAUAGAUGAAGACCUAGUCAAACGUCUUGGGGAAUGGAGUCGGAUCCCGGUAACUUAUGCUGGCGGUGCAAAAUCUGUAAGCGACUUAGAUCUAGUGAAGGAUCUAUCGAAUUCAAAGGUAGACUUGACUUUUGGCAGCUCACUAGAUAUAUUUGGUGGUAACAAGGUGAAGUUCGAAGAUGUAGUGAAAUGGAACACCACAAACUCUUGA